UUUAGUUACAAAAAAGUGUAAAUUUAAUUAUUAAAGAAAUUAAACAAGACGCUACAAUAAUUAAUACAAAAAUGGUAGCCAUUUAUAAUGUUGAAGAUGAUUAUUACCAAAAUCCUAAAACUUUGGGAGAUUGGGUUAAGAAUUUUCGUUUGAAAAAAAUGCAAAUGAAGCGUAAAUUACGUUCGGGUGGCAAUUUACGAGUAUGCGCCAUUUUGUCGACAGCCCUUAUGACGGCCGAAUUAGAAUUACGACGCAAACAACAAGAACGCUUUCAAAAGUGGUUAGAAUUUCAAACUAAAAUCAAUAAAAAUCACGAACUAAAACCUCGUCUGCCUCCGCAACCCCACCAAAGUCCCGUAGGAGAUCAUAUGAUACUGGUUUCCAACUACCACCAACAACAGAAUGAAGAAGAAAAAAGCUGCAAACAAAGUGAAGAAAUAACCAAUCUGUGGAAGUGUGAAUUAAGUGAAUUAGAUAACUUUAUGCGCAGUAUUAGUAGUAGUAAUAAAAACCUGGAACCAAGUUCCAAAUGCAGUGACAAACAAGACAAUAAUUAUCAUCAGCAGCAGGCGAUACGAGUGUCUAGUUAGUGUUUAAGUUUAUUAUAGUAUAAUUAUGUGAAAGAGAGAGACUUUUUAAAGAACAAAAGAUUGAUUACAUUUAAGAAGUAGUGUGAUGAUUUAUAAUACUUUUGUAAAAAUUUUAUUUGUAUUUGAAGUAUAUUA